GGAUGGUUCUUUAUAAGCUAUUUCCUGUAGUACUUCCGAUAUUUCUCUGUCACCAUUCAAGCUCUUGUGUCAUUACAAACUGAUGAACCUUUUGAACUGAUGAAUUCUUCUCUCGGCAGGUCCAGGAUGGAGGCAGAAUGGGGUGUGAAAGUGCUGCAGGCCUCGCUGCUGGUGUGUCUGUCCCUCUCCCUGGGCCACGGUCUGAGUGGAGCGGACACGGUGCUGAACAUGCGUAAGGUCACACACCAGAGGGUCCAGGAGCCGCUGGCUGGCACCGCCCUCCUGCCCUGCGUCUUCACCCUGCGGCCCAGCCCAUCCAACGAGCCGCCCCGCGUCAAGUGGACCAAGGUGUGGGGGCCAAGCGGCCCCGGGGGCCCGCAGCGGGAGCAGUCUGUCCUCGUGGCCAAGGCCAAUGUCGUCAAGGUGAAGAAGGCCUUCCAGGGCCGUGUCACUCUUCCUGGUUACCCGGACAACCACUACAAUGCCAGCCUGGCACUGACAGGCUUGCGCUCGAGCGACUCUGGCAUGUACCGCUGUGAGGUGGUGGUAGGAAUUAACGACGAACAAGACAUCGUGCCCCUGGAAGUCACAGGGGUGGUGUUCCAUUACCGGGCUCCACACGACCGCUACGCUCUCUCCUUCGCCGAUGCCCAGCGUGUGUGUCUGGAGAACUCUGCGGUAAUAGCCACACCGGCACAGCUGCAGGCCACCUUUGAGGACGGGUAUGACAAUUGUGACGCAGGCUGGCUGUCUGACCAGACAGUGAGGUACCCAAUCCAAUCUCCAAGGCCAGGUUGCUAUGGCGACAGGGAGGACUUACCUGGCGUUAGAAAUUAUGGCAGUAGGGUCCCCGAUGAGCUGUUUGAUGUCUACUGCUUCGCCAAGAAACUGCAAGGCGAGGUGUUCCACUCCUCCGCACCCGAGAAGCUGAGUCUGGCCACAGCCUCCACGCACUGCCACACUCUCGGAGGCCAGCUGGCUACUGUCGGGCAGCUCUAUCUGGCUUGGCAGACCGGGCUGGACCGCUGCGACCCUGGCUGGCUGGCAGACGGCAGCGUCCGUUAUCCUAUCAACCAGCCCCGCCGGAACUGUGGCGGGGACGAGCCAGGGGUGCGCACCGUCUACCACAACUCCAACCGCACUGGCUUCCCCGACACCACCACCCUGUUUGAUGCCUACUGCUAUCGAGAAACACAGAAGGAGGAAAAGGCCGUUGAAGCUGUAGGAUUUCUUCAGAUGGGAGAGUCCUCAGAGGGUCAGACGGAUCCCCGGAAGAAUGAUCAUUCCCAGCCCUCCUACCCUCAGCCCUCCACAUGGACUGGCCUGGUGGACCUGGAGAAGGAGGGGAUCAAUUCCAUAGUCAGUAAUGAGUCCUCAGAGAUGUCAGAGGAGCACAUUGUGAUUCACUUAAAGCCAGAGGAAGCUUCAGUUCGCUGGGGCGAGGAGCAGAAAGAAUCUGUGAGGGAACCUCAGGAGGCGAUGGCCCCUAAGAUCAUGUCGCUUCUUGGCCUGACCGACCGGGAGAGGGCAGAGAACCAGGGCGGCUGGGCCAAAGAAGAGGAGACGGAUGAAGAGGCAGAGGAAGUGGAGUCGCCAUUCAGCGUUGAUCUUUUGACCGUGGCCUCACCAACUCCUCAGUCCCACACCAGCGAGAGUGUGCUCUCCAACUUCGUGAACACCAUGAUGAGGCCGUGGAGGUUCUGGAGCGGGACCACUGAGGCCGACGUUCAACCCACUUCCUCCAGCCUGACCAUCGGCCCCACCCAGGAGAUCCCAGGGGCUAAACAACUGGAGGAGGAGAAAGUGGGGGUGCGUAAAGGCACCCCCAUCAAUGCAAACACUAUUGUGGAGCCUUCUCACAAAACCUCCAUAGCGGUUAACCUGGCCAGCACAGAUGAUGGACUUUCUGAGCUGGAGAGAGAGCUGAUCCCGGAGGUCCAGCAUACACUCACAGCAACACAGAAGGGCUCUGAACAUCCAUCCAGAGGACAGCAUACUGUCACAGCAACACAGAAGGGCUCUGAACAUCCAUUCAGAGGACAGACAAACCCCUCCGCUGCUCUGACCACAUCAUCAGGCCUUCUUGCACAGCGACCCACUGACGUGGCAGAUCCGACCUCCGCUAUUAAUGCAUCACCAGGCUUGAGGAGCACGUUUGGAUCGUCCCCAGUGCUUGGCAGCAAACAAAGAUGGACCUUGAAAUCCGUAAAAGGGCCUAAACUUGGCGCCCCAGGUGGCAGCAGCAGCAGCAGCAGCAGCAGCGGAGACCAUAUUUAUCAGGGUAGAGGUUCCCCCAUGGAGCCCAUGGAGGCUAAGGCGGCCGCUCUGGAGAUCGUGGCCAUGCCUCCCUCCAAAGAAAGCUCCUAUGAGAACUACUCCGGGGAGGGGAGGGAGCACGGUGAGGACGGCUACCCGUUUCCCCAGGGCCCCUCUCCUCCCCCUGUGUCAGGGAGGAUGGCCUUGGAGGAGGACACAGACACUGAAGGCAGCACAGGUGGAGACCCACUGGAGGCAUUUAGCGACCAGAUGAGAGAGACCACCAUCUCUGAUGUCAACCCCGCCAAGAACCAACCUGUGAUUCUGCAGACCACAGUCCAGUGGCAGUUGGUGCGUCUGCCCACAGCGCCACCUAGUGGUGGUGGUGGUGGAUCACCUGAAGCUAAGCCGCAACAGACAUCUGAGGAGCCUGAGAGUAAUCCCGAAGAGGCAAGGGGGGAGAUCCUGUUUGUCCGCAGGCCCACUGAGAAACUGCCUCCUGCCUCCUCGGCAAGCAAAGAUGGCAGCCCUUUUGUCAGGAGGAAGCAGAACUUUGCCAAGGGCUCAGUGUUGCAACACACAACUCUGGCCACCUCCGCUGUGUCCAGCUCCACUACCACGACACCAACCCUGACACCUGCCACAGACUUCAUCAAAGAGUCUGCCUUCACACUGCUGCCAGUAGAGCAGGAUGAGCCUCAGGCACAGGUCUCAACCACUCCUCCCACUCGCUUGGGACUCCAUGCAACCAGCGGAUCACCUCAUCUUACAACCCCACCAUCAGGAGCCGGGGAUAAAACCAGUGGAUCACCUCAUCUUACCACCCCACCAUCAGAACCCAGGGAUAAAACCAGUGGAUCACCUCAUCUUACCACCCCACCAUCAGGAGCCAGGGAUAAGACCAGUGGAUCACCUCAUCUUACCACCCCACCAUCAGGAGCCAGGGAUAAGACCAGGGGAGCCGAGUACAGGACUCCGGUGUCCGAGUCCUUUGUGGUGGCUCGGGGCUGGAGAACACUCCCUGGCUUAAACUUCCUGCCGGUAGAGCACAGGUCAGCGCAGGUCACACGGAACACCACGGCAGAGAGCUCAGGCAAAGUGGCAGCCAACCAGGGAUACGACCCUCAAAAUCCAUCAGCUGAGGACAGCCCCUGUCAGACCAAUCCGUGCCUGCAUGGAGGCAGCUGCCUGUCCGAGGGGGAGGGCUACAGCUGCCACUGUCCGCAGGGAUACUCCGGCGAGAGCUGUGAGAUUGAUAUCGAUGACUGCCAGUCGAACCCGUGUCAAAAUGGCGGCACCUGCAUCGAUGAGAUCAACUCCUUUGUGUGCCUGUGCUUGCCGAGCUACGGUGGAGCCACGUGUGAGAAAGACACGGAGGGCUGUGAACACAACUGGAGGAAGUUCCACGGCCACUGCUACAGGUACUUCACCCACCGGCACACCUGGGAGGACGCGGAGAAGGACUGCCGCCAACACAACGGACACCUGGCCAGCAUCCAGUCCAUGGAGGAGCAGAACUUUGUCAAUGGGAUGAGUCAUGACAACACCUGGAUUGGAUUGAAUGACCGUACUGUGGAAGAGGAUUUCCAAUGGACUGAUAACAUGGACCUGCAAUAUGAAAACUGGCGUGAGAACCAACCGGAUAAUUUCUUUGCGGGCGGUGAAGACUGUGUGGUGAUGAUAGCCCAUGAGAACGGCAAGUGGAACGAUGUGCCCUGCAACUACAACCUGCCCUACAUCUGCAAGAAAGGCACAGUUCUGUGUGGUGCUCCUCCCAUGGUGGAAAAUGGCUUCCUCAUUGGUCGGAAACGCUCCAGCUUUGACAUCCACUCCGUGGUGCGUUACCAGUGCGCCGACGGCUUCCUUCAGCGCCAUGUGCCCACCAUCAAGUGCCGAGCCAAUGGGAAGUGGGACCGGCCCAAGAUCCUCUGCACAAAGUCUCGACGGUCCCACCGCUACCGGCGCCACCAUCACCACAAGUCCCACCACGAGCGCAGAAAGCACCGGAAGCAUGGCGGAGGAGGACACAAGGGUAGAGAGCUCAACCAUGGCCACGGUCACGGUCACGCUCGCUCCUAAACCAAACGCUACCCCUCUCCCCCCGAAAUGCCUGAAAGAGCCCCCUUCUCCUGCACCCUUACCCGCACCGUUUACCCCCACCCAGAUGCCCUCGGACAGGCUGUGUCUGAGUGACCCUGAGGGGGACAGCCUGGACCUCACAAGAACUAGAACUAUCUGUUGGAACUUUUUCAGUUUACCUCAUUCCCUUUGCCUUCCCCAUUACUUUGUUUUGUUCUUUUAAUGGGACUGAAUUUUUGGGUUGGUUGGUUGGUUAGAUGGAUGGUUUAACACAAUGGCUUGUUUUGAUUAUUAAUUUAUUAAUUAAUGUAUUUAUUUAUACAUGAACAGAUAUUGAGGAGAUGGUAUAAACUGUAAAUAACAACCUUUGUUUGCAGAAAACGGUCAAUAGUCAUCUCAUCUUCAUCAGCUUGAACAUGUUAUCUAUGGUAUCCUCUGGUCAAGUGUAUUUUUCCGAAUGCUUUCACAAUAUUGACGAUGCAAAACAUUUCCUUACCCUACGCAGGCACUCAAGUUGAUGUAUCUGUUUUCCUUAAGAGGCUGAUGGUUGCAUUGAUUUCACAGUGCUUCAGCAUCGCUCAAAGGCACCCACCAGCGCAACGGAGAGUCUUAAAACUGCUUGACUCUGAGAUGAACCUUAAGUCAUUCAGUCGAGCAAAAUGCUUUUUUAAGCGCUUGUUUGCAUAAAGACCCCGAAAACCCGUAGAUGAGUUACCAGACAUGUGAAAGCCCGACAGGACCACCACCCCCUCUAGUGGUAGACGUCUGAGGGCCUUGUUCGCCAUGGCAGCCCUGCACCCCCUGUCAAGGCAAGUUUGGGUGUCUUGCCAUUCCGGGUGAUUUGACUGUGUAAUUUAUAGACUGGAGUUUCUUUCACCCUGUCUGUGGGAUUCACACGAGCAGCCCUGGCGAGGACAAAUUGUGCUGUCAGACCUUGUCACCGCGCGAGAAGAGGGCUGCAAAUCUUCGCCUAUAAUUGCACUCGGCUCCACAUCCACUACAUCAAAUAGCCCAGUGACCAGCUGUUUCAGGCAGCCGUCGGCUAGCGCCCCCGUGCUCAUAAUUAGCUUCCCCCACCCACCCACCCCCCUCAAAAAAAGACUAGCGCAGAUAGCACAUGAAAGAAGUCAAGGAGGCGUGGAUCCCCGCUGCGUGCCAUUGUGGGGGACCUUUAUUCAGCCGCCGCUCCGGCACACAAAGGCCGACGUUAAAGCGCCUCGAGGGUAAAUAUGGCUAGCCGGUGAGAUGGGAUUAAACUGUCACAGCUCAGAAGGUCGGAGGGGUGAAGGAGCCCAAAAGGAGACUAGGAGCACCCAACAUUUUUAUUUUCUUCCUUCUGAACGGAGACUAUGGCCUGUGCUGAGCCCAUGCUUCAGAGCCCGUUUUUGAACUCCAGGUUCGUGUCCUGUUUAACAAAGAGGGUCUGCGACAGCUUACGUGAAUGGGGACUGCACCACCUUUCACACUCUGGGGAGAGAGAGAGAGAAAAAAAUUAAGGCCAUGUUUUUUUCCUUCCCUCUCUCUCUCACUCGCCCUCCCUCUUUCCUUCUCAUCUUUCUCUGAAGCCACAUGUGUGCUUAUCACUGUCUUUUCACCCCUUUAAGAUAACACCCCCCCCCACCUACGUCUUUUCUAGGUCCUGUCAGGCCUCCUGUGUCCCUUUGUCUCAGCCUUUAUCCACCUUGUCAAUGACAGAGACAUGACCAGAAAGAAGAAAAGGCUCCACAAUCUGGACAAUUAAUCUCUCAUAAUGCAUGCUUAAUUAAUAGAGUGAUUAGUGUCACAGCCCUUAUCCUUAUCCCUCCUUGACAUGAUAGGGAUUUGGACUGGCGUGUGGGGACUAAGAAUGCCGUAUCUGAAGGUGCCUCAUGCGUCAGGCUGUGAUUGCCUAUUUUUUUUUUAUCUAGAGACUGCAGUGAGGGCAUGAGCUAUAAUUUGAAUGUUUUUUUUAACCCUACAACUGACAUCUACCUUUGAGAUGACAAAGCCUGGGUAGACAGCAUGGAAUCAGCGAUCAUUUGUAAUCCAUCAUGAUUAUCUAAUUGGCAUAAUAAAGGUGAUCAUCUAAGCCGUCACUGAUGUGGCUGUCCAGGAUUUACCCUGACGGCACCGUCCGAACAGUCACCUGCCAUGAGGUCGCCCGAUAGCCAGAUCAACAUUCCAGUCUGUAGCCGACCACAACCCUCUCUGGUCCUCCACUCUACGGCUAGCAGAAGGCAACCAGUGUGGCGGUCUAAUUGUGUUGGCCUUAAUUAUGGGAUGGGGUUGCCAAACUGAAGUUGUUCACAGCUGUUUGUUGGCACUCUGUCUGGAAGAGCGCUUGGAGGCAACUGGGGUUUUCCUGCGGCAAAGUUUUCUCUCUAAUUGCUGUGGAGCCACAGACCACACAGGGUCCCUGGUUUAUAAAACCGUCUUCUCAUCUGAGUGUGUAGUGUCUUGUUUUUUCAGUUUGUAGUCUUAUCUCUAACGUGGCUGUUACAGCUAAGUACAUACUAUUGUACAAUUAGUGGAUCAACUGGCAUAUCAUUUUCUUCACGAUGGUCUCUCUCUGCAGAGCUCUGUAGCAGCAGCUCCUGAAAAGAAGAGGGAUGCGACUCCACUCUGAAGCACAGUCCUAUUGAGGAUUUAACCUUGCCCUUUUGUAUUUACGGUGCUGUAGAAGUUUGAAAAGGAGGACAGGAGCGAGGCAGGAGCGGACCAGGAGCGGUGGGACUGAGGUGCCCUCUAUUUAAUCUAGGCCCCGCGUUAGUGCCGCACAUCCAUCAAUGCCCGCCGCCGCCUCCGCCGCCGUUUGGUAUGAGCGCUGAGCGCCUGUAUUAUCCUAUCUGUGUUUGGGAUCCACCGCUGGGCAGGAGGGCUCUCGGGCUGGGUAGUGUCAACGUGAGCAGAUUUGCAUAGCAGAAUGCCCGUCCCUCCCCUGGCAGCGAUUGUUCCAGUGGCAGCUGCUAAGAAUACUUCCGCGCCGGCAUUACUGCCACCUCAUCAGCCAGCCAGUCUCCGCGUCUUUUUCCUUCUCCUUCGCCUUUGCUCACCCCCUUCUUAAUGCAAGUCUCCACUAGCCUGGCAACAGGCCAGAUUAUCCCUGACAGUAAAAUCCCACUCCCUUGUCAUCUCAUUUCAAGCAGCCCUCUAUCCCCCCCGGCGGCUAGUCACAUGACAGCUCGGCGGGGAAGGCGACUUCAAAGGCUAGGGUCUCUCCGUGUUGUAUGUGUCACAGAAGCAGGUCUGCUCGGGCCAUCCGCAGACGACACAGCAGCCCGACAACGACAUGGCGCAACAGCGAGCUCCCUGCCAGUGUAUCGCCACUGAACCCGCCACUUCUCAGAGAACCUGUCUCAGACGUCAGCACGGAUACACACGGACCCACCGAGGCUAGUGGGCUUGGUGCACUCACACUAAUUACCGUGAAGAGUGAAUUACCGUUUUUUUUGGUCCUUUUAAAAAGUAAUAAAUGCACAGAACUCAAAAGUGUUCUUGGUUGUGCAGAGACCAGUGUAUAUAUUUGACCUCUGAAGACGGUUUGUAAAUGCUGUGAAGCACAGCUUUGACGCAGGGAGUCCUCUGAGCUCCUCCUGUCAUGUAAGACAGCUUGUUUUCGUGUGCUGAGUGUCACUCGCUUUAUAUUCAUGUUUUCAAGGCUCUCAGCUCCUGUUUUAUUUCAUUUAGACUGAGGUUUUGAGCUAAAAAAAAAAAAACACCCUCAUGGUUACAUCCUUGUUUUUGGAUAUUGCUAUACAUUAUUUACCCUUAUCCAUCUUCCAUUUUAAAGUGGAAUUCAUGUUUAGAUAUUCAAUGUAGGCUUGUUUCUUUUCCUUUAGAAGUCUAUUUGUGUGCGAUUCAUGAGAUUUUGUCUUCAAUACUUUGGUUUGGUUAAAUAAACCAUCAUCUGUUUCGGUGUUCGGCAGAGGUGGACGAGACCUCCAGAUCGGUAGCAGAGUCUGUGUAGGACUUCCUCCUCUGUGAUGUAAAUACUCCGUGGGGAUUUACCUUUUUUCAUUUUCUUAAAUCUAGAUGUGUUUGUUGCUUAGAGUCAUACACCCAGUCUCCACGUCACAGCUGGGUCCCCUGGAGCAGCCAGUCCAUCUCAUGUUGCAGUCUGGGAGAGGCACUCCAAGGCCUCUUCAAAUGGUGUUCUGGUUUUCACCAAUCACAGGCUCUGUUUCUGUACUAUGUUCUGCAAUAGACUUUAUGACUUUGGUCUGUAUAUACUAAUCUAUAUUUAGUGAUGUUAUGGAUUUUUGUCCUGUCUUUGUGUUCUAUUCUUGAAACAACUUAUCAUUAAAAAGUUUGAUUGGAUCUGCGAUACAA